AUGCACGUCAACAUGGGCAAGUUGCUUCCGGCUCUGGCGGUCAGCAAGCACAUCACAAGCGACACGCAGUUCAUGUUUCAGUUUUACAAACCUGCCAUUCAAUAUUACGCGCCCAGCCCGCAGCUAUCUACCAUCAUGUCGCGGGACCGGCUACACAGCUCGCUGGCAACCGCACUACACGGGUGUCCGCUUUUGCUUGGCAGGUUCUGCAUUCACUCGGACUCAACCGUGUCGAUUGACUACGACCCCAGCAACAGCAACCCGCCGACACUUGAGUUCCAGGAUGUGCUGUCGGUCUCGUACUCGGAGAUCAAGAGCCGUGGGUUUUCGUACUCACUGGCCAAGCAGCACGGCAUCGAUAUGGAUGUUCCAAGCGGUAUCAUCAGCAAGGAAUUUGACAAGCCGAUGCUGAUGAUCAAGGUCAGCUAUCUGGCGGACGGCGGCUUGGCGCUGUUCACUAUGACAAAUCAUGUGGUGUUUGACGGGAACGCAAUGUUCAACUUUAUCUCGCACUGGGCCAGGUGCCACAAAAGUGGGCUGGGCUUUAUGUCAAUUCCAUUGGACCUUGAGACGCAGUCCACCCCAAAGACUAUCAACACGCGCAGCGCUCUUCCCCCGGCAGAAAUAUGUGCUGACGCGUCCAAGACACCAUCUGAGAUUGCAACCGACAUAUCCAAACCCGUAGUGGGAAAAAGCAUGCGCGCGUGCGUGUUUGAGAUAUCCACAGCCAGCAUCGCCCACCUUAAACAGCAGGUGGUUGACAGCGGCGUUCUGAAUGAGGGCGAGUGGGUGUCGUCGAACAACGUUCUGGCGGCGUUUGUAGUGCAGUGUGUUGCGCAGGCCAACACGAAUAGCCGCGUGUAUGAGGCCGGCGACUGGACGGUCUUCCAGACAAUGGACAUGCGGCGCGUGCUAGGCCUGCCAUUGCGUGGGCUUGGGUCUCCACUGAUCCUGGCCGAGUGCCAGGUAGUGGCAGGCGAGAUCAUGGAUAACGACCAAUUCCCAGUGCUCGCCCGGCGCGUGCGCCUGAGCCUGGGCAAGUACUCACCAGAAUAUCUGCAGGCCGCAAUGCGCUGGGUCAACGCGGAGUACAGCCGUAUGGCGGCGUGCGGCACAAAGGAGCCUUGGCGCCACUUUUGGUUUCCUGGCCUCGACACUAACCACCGCACUGUGGGUGUAUCGUGUAUGAACAGGAUUCCUGUUUAUGACGCUGAUUUCGGCGCCGGGCGUCCGACCAUGACGCGCUCGAUCAAUCCCAGGCCCAACUACAUCAUUAUAUUUCCCGGCCCUCCAGCAUCAGCAAAGGGGCCAGCAUCGGAGUACAGUUCGCUGCAUCUGUACGUGACUCUUGAAGGGCCGGCGAUGGACGCUUUGUGCGCCGAUGCCGCGUGGAACCAGCGCUGCGAGCUGAUAGGCGAUUGA